AUGCUCAACAACAUGACAACAGACACUGAGGAAGGAGAGGAGAGCCCUAACAACCAGGGUGAUGGGAACCUCAAAGAGAGCAGUCCUUUCAUCAACAGCAGCGUCUCUUGUGAUGUGGAGAAGAGCCAACAGUAUGAUGGCAAGAACAUGGCCCUAUUUGAGGAGGAAAUGGACACUAGUCCCAUGGUGUCAUCUUUGCUUAGCAGCCUAGCCAACUACUCCAACUUACCAACUGGGAGCAAAGAGCAUGAGGAAGCUGAAAACAAUGAGGAGGGUGGACGACCAUCUAAAAAACCUGUCACGGCUCCACAACUGGGAACUCUGAUGGGUGUUUACUUACCGUGUAUUCAAAAUAUAUUUGGUGUGAUCCUUUUCUUGCGAAUGACCUGGAUGGUCGGGAUUGGGGGCGUCUUUGGUUCCUUCAUAAUUGUCUUCAUGUGUUGCUCUACAACUAUGCUAACGGCCAUCUCUAUGAGUGCCAUAGCUACAAACGGAGUGGUUCCAGCCGGAGGUUCCUAUUACAUGAUCUCUCGAUCACUUGGGCCGGAGUUUGGUGGUGCUGUUGGGAUUUGUUUCUACUUGGGCACCACUUUUGCUGGCGCCAUGUACAUCCUUGGUUGUAUUGAAAUCCUGCUAAUUUAUAUUGUUCCUCAGGCAGCCAUCUUCAAAAUCGAGGGCUUGGAGGGGCUGGAAGCAGAGGCGGCCCUUCUAAAUAAUAUGCGGGUGUACGGCACCAUAGUCCUAAGCUUCAUGGCCCUGGUCGUGUUCGUGGGGGUGAAAUAUGUCAACAAGCUGGCACUGGUUUUUCUAGCCUGUGUCAUCCUCUCCAUCCUGGCUGUUUAUGCAGGAGUCAUCAAGACUGCCAUUGAGCCACCAGUCUUCCCGGUGUGCCUCCUGGGAAAUCGAACUCUUACCUCCAAAGGCUAUGACAUCUGUGCAAAGGUCAUUGAAAUCGACAAUGAGACUGUCACCACCAAAUUAUGGCGCUCGUUCUGUGAUUCAGAGUACCUGAAUGCCACUUGCGAUGACUACUUCAACAACAACAACGUCACAGAGAUACAGGGGAUUCCAGGGGUCACUAGUGGAAUCCUGGCUGAAAACUUGUUUGGCAAUUAUUUGGAAAAAGGGAUGAUUGUAGAGAAGAGGGGACUGGCUUCACAACCGGACCUAGAAAGUUCUGCUUCUGGCACAAACCGCUUUGUGCUUGCCGACAUCAGCAGCUUCUUUACACUGCUGGUGGGAAUAUACUUCCCAUCUGUCACAGGUAUCAUGGCGGGUUCCAAUCGCUCUGGAGACUUGCGCGAUGCUCAAAAGUCCAUCCCUAUCGGCACCAUCGCAGCCAUCACCACCACAUCUACUGUGUAUAUUUCCUGUGUGGUCCUCUUUGGCGCUUGUAUAGAGGGUGUUGUCCUGAGGGAUAAGUUUGGUGAAGGAGUAAACGGUAACCUGGUGAUAGGGACUCUGGCAUGGCCAUCUCCAUGGGUCAUUGUGUUUGGAUCGUUUUUCUCCACCUGCGGUGCAGGACUUCAGAGUUUGACAGGAGCUCCACGUCUCUUGCAGGCUAUCUCAAGAGAUGGUAUCAUCCCAUUUCUUCGAGUCUUUGGGCAUGGUAAAGCCAAUGGGGAGCCCACCUGGGCCCUCCUGCUAACUGCUAGCAUUUGUGAGAUUGGCAUUAUCAUUGCCUCUCUGGAUGCUGUUGCACCCAUCCUCUCAAUGUUCUUCCUAAUGUGUUACAUGUUCGUUAAUCUUGCCUGUGCACUACAAACAUUACUGAGGACACCAAACUGGAGGCCACGGUUUAAGUUCUACCAUUGGGCUCUAUCUUUCCUGGGUAUGAGCUUGUGCUUAUCACUUAUGUUCAUCUGUUCCUGGUAUUAUGCCAUCGUUGCCAUGGGGAUUGCCACCUGCAUUUACAAAUACAUUGAAUUCCGUGGAGCUGAGAAAGAGUGGGGUGAUGGGAUACGCGGCAUCUCUCUGAGCGCAGCCCGAUUUGCUCUCAUGAGGUUGGAAGAAGGACCACCACAUACCAAGAAUUGGAGGCCUCAAAUUUUGGUUCUGGUCAGUACGGAUGCCGAGCAGAACGUCGAGCAGCCUCGUCUGAUCUCUUUGACCAAUCAGCUGAAAGCAGGGAAAGGCCUUACUAUUGUUGGCACCUCUGUUCAAGGAACGUUUCUUGACAACUACACUGAGGCCCAAAGGGCAGACCAGUCUCUGCGGAAACUGAUGGAGGCAGAGAAGGUUAAGGGCUUCCCCCAAGUCGUUGUAUCAUCCAAUCUGAGGGAUGGGACAUCCCAUCUGAUACAAGUUGGUGGACUAGGAGGUUUGAAGCACAAUACUGUAAUGAUCAGCUGGCCACGUAACUGGAAACAGCCCGAGUUCCACCAACAAUUCCGAGACUUUAUUGAGGUUGUCAGAGAAACGACAGUGGCCAGUUUGGCCUUGUUAGUUCCCAAAAACAUCUCUAGCUACCCAUCCAAUGGAGAGCGCUUCACUGAAGGACACAUCGAUGUAUGGUGGAUUGUUCACGACGGAGGCAUGCUGAUGCUUCUGCCGUUCUUACUGCGUCAGCAUAAGGUGUGGAGAAAGUGCAAGAUGCGCAUUUUCACUGUAGCUCAGAUGGACGACAAUAGUAUUCAGAUGAAAAAGGACGUCAUAACUUUCCUUUAUCACCUGCGUAUUGAUGCUCAGGUGGAAGUGGUGGAGAUGCAUGAUAGUGACAUCUCAGCCUACACCUAUGAAAAGACACUUGUCAUGGAACAGCGCUCACAGAUUCUUAAGCAGAUGCAUCUGACAAAGAAUGAGAUGGAGCGAGAGAUUCAGAGCAUAACAGAUUCAUCACGUGGCUCAAUCCGACGUAAAAAAUCCAAUGCCUCUCGCUCACACCAUAGCAUUGAGGAAGGAAGCAGUGUGGCUGAACAACCAGAAGAGGAGUCUGUGGCUGUUUCCAACUCAAAACAGGUCCAGCUUAUUCACAGUAAGAACGCUUCAACACCUACCAGCCCUACCAGCCCCACAACACCUGCUGGAAGCGGAAACACUUGGACGGACUAUAAGGGGGCUGACAAGAGAAAGAACCUGGAGACGAGCAAAGACCCCUUCAGCAUGAAACCGGAAUGGGAAAAUUUGAACCAGACAGAUGUGAGGCGCAUGCACACAGCUUUGCGGCUCAAUGAAGUCAUCACAAAGAAGUCCAAGGAGGCAAAGCUUGUCCUACUAAACAUGCCAGGACCCCCCAAAAAUCGUAUGGGUGAAGAAAACUACAUGGAGUUUCUCGAGGUGCUCACUGAGGGUUUGAAUCGGGUUCUCCUUGUCCGUGGAGGGGGACGUGAAGUCAUUACAAUCUACUCCUGA